AUGAGAUUAAAAGUAGCUAUCGUUCAAAUUGACUCUCUACUAGGUCAACCAAAACAAAAUAUAUCAAAAAUUCAAAAUUUAUUAACAUCAAAAUUAUCAUCAUUUUCAUCACCAAAUCAAAAAAAUUUAGAUUUAAUAGUACUUUCAGAAUUAGCAAUAACAGGUUAUAAUUUUAAAUCAUCAACUCAUAUAAAACCAUAUUUAGAAAGUGUUGAUCAAUUUGGUCCAUCAUUAAAUUUUGGAAAACAAUUAAGUUUAAAAUAUAAUUGCUUUACAAUAAUUGGAUAUCCUGAAAUUUUUAAUAAAAUAAUAUAUAAUUCAAGUGCUGUAUUUAAUAGAAAGGGGGAAUUAAUUUAUAAUUAUAGAAAAUCAUUUUUAUAUGAAACUGAUGAAGUAUGGGGAUGUUCAGAAAAUCCAAAUAAAAAUUUUGAACCUAUUAUUUUAAAUUUUGAAACAAAUGAGAAUAAUUCUCAGGAUAAUGAAAGCAGUAAAGAUAGUAAAUCAAUAAUUACAAAUAUUGGAAUAUGUAUGGAUUUAAAUCCUUAUAAAUUUGAAGCACCUUUCAAUAAAUUUGAAUUUAGUUCAAAAUGUUAUUUAAAUAAAUCAAAUUUAAUAAUAUGUCCAAUGGCAUGGUUAUCAUCAAGUUCACCAUCAAUUAAAAAACAAGAAGAUGAAAUAAAUCCAGAAUUAAAGAGUCUAUCACCAGAACAAUACCAAAAUUAUCUCACCAAACAAGCUCAAAAUAUCACCUUAUCAAAUGAACCAAAUUUUGAAACAAUAAAUUAUUGGAUAUUAAGAUUUUUCCCAUUUUUAAAUCAUCCUUUUUCAAUUUUGCCAAAAUGGUGGUCAAACCAAAAAAAAAUUAAUAUUUUAAUUUGUAAUAGAAUUGGGAAAGAAAGUUCAAUUAUUUAUGGUGGUAGUUCAUGUAUUUUACAAUUUAAUAAUUCAACAGUAACAAAUGAUUCAAUUGAUAUGAAUAAUCCAAGUGUUGAUGUUUUGAAUCCUUUAUCUCAAUCUGAAGAAGGUAUAAUAAUCACUGAAAUUGAUGUAUGA